CUGUUAUACUAGAGGUAUUCCUGUUUAAAAAUUGGUUUCGACUGCUUUUAACAAAAUUGUAAUCAUAUUAGGAAAUUACAUUUAUGUGAAAUCAGAGGCGAUUAAAUUAUUGUUUUCUAGUUGUUGAUUCAAGAAUUGUAUCAAUCAAGACAAACUAUAUUAUUUAAAAAUGCAUCUUAGUUAAAAAAAAAUUCGGAAAAAUGUUGAUCUGUAGUAAUUAAUUCAUGGGAUACCUCUAAUGUUUAAAUUUGAAACUGAUGUACUAGGCAUUUCUAACAACUGCCAGCUAACGAGAAGAUAACUUUACAAGAAUUUAAAAUAUAUAUUUAGUCGCAGAGUCUGGGUGUGUGCGCGUGUGCUGGGUGUGUGUGUGCGUGUGUAUCUGUGUGUACAAAUGAAUAUUACCCAAACGAGAAGUUGCAUUUACAACACUCAGAAAAAAGCAGCCAAUAAAACAAUUUAUGUGUAUAUAUUUGUAAAGCUUAUAUCUGCUCGAUAGAUCAUGAAGCAUUAUCUUUAGCUGUUGCUACAUCACACACACACAUACACCCUCAUCCACCCGCAGACACACGGUCAUGAUGAAAUAUAAAUCGCAAAAUUACUUGAGAAAAGUCAUAAAUUUAUAAGGCGAUUGCAAAAUGCACUUAAAAGCUACAAUUUUGACAAAUUUACAGAAUAUGCAGAAGCAUGUAGCACGAAGUCUGUAUUGACUUUUGAGCUAUGAAACACUGUUAGUACAUGAGCAAAAUGCAAAAGGUUGAGCCUAGGAAAUUUUUAAAGGGUCUGCGCCGUGUGCAGACCACGCCCACUUGGGGCGUUGAUGGAACCCGCCGGCGGGUUAGGAAAAAACAAAAAAAAAGCGAUUGAGAGAAAGAGGGCAUUGCAAAAAUAAACAUAAAACCGAAAUGCUGACAGUAAAAUAAAUGGAGAUCAAGUGGAAUACAAUUAAAUUACAAGCAUAAUAUUAUCAAUGUAAAAUCGUAUGUAAAAAACCAAGGCAGAAAUCUAUAAAAAAAAACUGACAACAAAACAAACGACAAAAAAUGAACAAAAAAAUCCAAAAAAGAAACUAAGAAAUAAAUACAUUUACAUAGAUGUUGCAAAAAUCAAGCGAAUCGAGGCCACUCCCAUGGAUUCCCGAAACCCUCUCUGUAGAUUUGCGUAUCCUGUCAGUGAGCUAGCACUUUCGGAGCAGCGGCCCCAUGUUUCUGGACGUCAUCUUCUUUAUACCCACACUGUUCACCUACCUGCUGAUUGGACUGCUCAUUGUCAUCCUGUGCUUCGUGGUGGUCUAUAUAAGCCACAAGAUCUACGUCUCUGUGUACGACAAUCUGCCACUGGCCGCCCUGCCCGGCGUAUCGCAACAACAGUUAAUGGGACUGCGUCACUCCAACCAUGCGAUGACCAUGCGAGAAUUCCUGGAGAGCUCGCUCCGGCAUCCACGCUCCAAUCAGCCCAGCUUGCGCUCCCUUUGGAUCCAGAACAGGUCCCAGAUCCUGGAGUCCUCCUCGGUCCUGCGGAUUGUGCUGUCCCUGGAGCCGUGCUAUCUGGUCAGCGCGGAGUUCGAUGUGAGUUCCAGUCGCAGGCCCGUUAGUUUCUUGUGCAACUGCCGGGAUGAGUCCGUGUGCGCUGCCGUAGAGCCGCGGCCCUUGGGGUCCGUACACAUAGUCCGGUACUUUGACCACCUCUCCAAGAUCCCGCGUCUCAAAGUCAUGCUCAAGUGCAAUCAAAGGCGGCCGGAACCGCGGCCCGAUAGCCGGACGCAGCUGACCCUUAACGAUGUGAUCCUGGAGGCCAGGGAAGCCCAGGAUGCCCAAGGUGCCCAGUGUACGGAUAACAUUGCCGCCUGUCGUCCUGUCAGCACGCGACGGAGCUCCCGGCUGCCGGAUUAAGGGUGUGGUGGCUAUGGGAUAGGGGGUUAGGUUAUAGGCCCUCUUUUAAUGGCUGCUGUAAUGUGGUAUAACUCGUUUUAUUAAAUUGUAUACAAAGAUCAAAGGGGUGGAGGUUCCAGGGUCGACGGGUGGGUCAGUGGGUCGGGCACUGAGCUCACGCCAGCUUAUGGAAAUCGCGUGACAACGAAGGUGAAUGUCAGUGGAGCACUGGAGUGGGGAUACAUCCAAGCAGGGGGCUUAGUAACGAACAAAGGUUAUUUAAGGUUUUGAAAAAGCAUGGAUGGGUUUUCCUAUUGAAUUUUUAAAAAUAUAUAUCCUCUCCAUUAAGAUUGAAUUUUCAGAGAAUUUAUUAUAUUCUUGGUUGAUUUUGAAAUGGAAGUGAGAUUAUAAUACUAUAAAAUAAAUAUGGUGCAUUUUAAAAUAAAA